GUCUUUCCGAUAACGAGUAUCAAGAAUGGCUCAGUAAUGCCAUUAAAAACAAGGAGAUUGUUAGAUACGAUUACAGUAGCUUUGGUGACUUUCAAGAAAUUAGGAAUGAGGCAUACAGCACGGUCCAUAGUGCUAACUUAACAACUGAAAAUAAGACUGUUGUUCUGAAAUCGGUUACACUUUGUCCAAGCUUCACAUUAGAGUCGUUAGUUAAUGAGCUUAAACAUUACUUAAACAUUAAAUCGCAUGAAAAUAUUGUUGAUUUUUAUGGAAUAACACAAAAAGAUGAAAAUCAGAAUGCGUAUGAAAUCGUAAUGGAGUUUGCAAAUGAUGGAGCACUUGAUAUUUACCUGGAAUUGAAUUUCACAAAAUUAGAAUGGACAAACAAACUGCGUUUCGCACAACAAAUUGCGGAAGCAAUAAUGCAUUUACAUUCGAAUAAUAUUAUUCACGGAAACCUGAAUCCUAGAAAUGUACUUGUUCAUAAUGGCUCAAUUAAAAUUAGCGAUUUUGGCAUAUAUAGGAUUACCACUUUACCAUCCAUUUCUUUAUUAAAAUUAACUGGCUCCUUGGAAUAUUCAGAUCCAGUCUUUCUUAAAGAAAUGGAAAAAUACAGUCGCACCAAAGCUUUCGAUAUAUAUAGUAUUGGGAUGUUAUUUUGGCAAAUUUCAAGUGGUCAAUGUCCCUACAGAUCAAAUCAUUUUCAGGACGAAUUAGAUCUGGUAACUUUUAUUACAAAUGGUAACCGAGAAGCUCCAAUUAUGGGAACACCCACAAGUUACGUAAAAAUCUAUCAAGAGUGCUGGGGUCAAGAUAUAAACAAACGUCCAAUCAUUGAUAAAGUCGUACAAGACCUUAAAAAUGUAGAUUUGACUGAGAUUGUUAAAUUAAAUAAUUCGAUUAUAAACGAACAAGUGUAUUUAUCGGAAGAAAAAUUUGAUAAUUUUAUAAGUAAAACAAUGCGGGAUUUUAUAUCGGAUAAACGAAACAUUGAUUUGAUCAAUGGAGACUCAG